AUGAGUGAUAGGAACAACAGCAACAGUGGCGGACCAUCACCAAAAGCGGAUGACGGGCCGACGCCCGAAAAUGCCAAUGCGGCGAUGGAAGAGGAAACCUUGGAAUCAGAAACGAUGUUGGCACAAUUCUUAUCCCCCGAUGGACCGCAACAUCAUCUCAAGCUGUAUCAGAAUAACAAUUUCAAGCUCGUACGAGUGGUAUAUGAGGAUGACCAGCUAUCAAUGACAUCUGUGGUACCUGCUGAAAACGCCACCAUCCUUGAUGACGUUAUGUCCAAAGGCUACAAUGUUGUAUCACACAUGUGGGGUCCACCAGAUGAAUUGGUCGACUGGAAAGAUAGCGGUGUACUUGAUGAACAGGGCAACCCUAUACGAGCAGCAAAGAUACGUGAUGGAAAGCAAAGCACCAUAUUGAAUCUCUUCAAGGAUUAUCCAGGUUAUUGGUGGAUUGAUCUCUUUUGUGCUGACACUGAACAUACACCUCGAGGCAUCAUGGGUCACAUUUACAAGUUUUCAAAUUUGUGCUUUGCUUUACUUGAUUGCACCAAUGACAGCAUCAAGUACCUUACAACACACGAGAAAACGUUACAAGAUUGGAGCGAAAAGCUGCAUCCUGGUAUCAUUGACGACAAUGCUAUGAAAGCCUAUUAUGAUCGCACAUCAAUUAUUGAAGGGAUGGAUUGGAGGCGUGCUAUGCGUUUUAUUUUUGAUGAAGAUGAAGCUUUUGCCGACGCUCUUUCAGAUGUCAUGGAUUGCAAGUUCUUUCAACGAGUGGGAACAUUACAAGAAGCUGUUUUACCACGCACCGUACUAUUGAUGGCUGAAAUGGAAUGGGAUGGCUCAACGACUCUCGACAUGAAAUUGCUACGUGGAAUAACAGGCUCCAUGUGUAAGGCUGUACGUAAAGCCCACGAGGAUAUCGGGAAUGAGACUAUUUCGCAACAUUUGCAACGCAUCAUCACUAUGGCAGAUGAGAUCGAUUUGAUUUGGAAUUUGAAAGAAUAUGGGCAACAAAAGCUACAAGAUCAUCAGCUGCUCAAGAAGAUUCUAAUCGAUUUUCGACGUUCUGGAAGAAGGUGCACGCAUGCUCGAGAUUACGUUCAUGGGAUCAUUGGUAUGCUUCAAAUCCAUAUCCCCAUGUCAGAUGAUUGUAUGGUGAUAUGGGAAGGAUUUCGCGAUGAACUUCGAAAAAGACAAGUCCACGUCAAUAAGCAAUUUGACUUUUCUGAAGCGACACAUAUGGGAUGGGUGUAUAGCCGUAUCCAUUUCCAAGAUCAUGCUUAG